AUGGGGAGAGCGAUCAUAGCCAGGCUCGGACUGGGGCUGCUGCUUCUGGCGCUGCUCUUACCUACGCAGACUUACUCAAAUCAAACAACUGUUGUAACACCUGCAAGUAACUCCUCCCAGACUACCUCACCUGCCCCUCAUCCAGCCAAUGCCACCACCAAGGCAAGCGACGGUACUCUGCAGUCAACAGCCAGUCUCUUUGUGAUCUCGGUCUCCCUUCUACACCUCUGCUGUUAA